AUUCAUUAAAAACGUCCCACUCAAAAAUGUAUUGCCUCAUGUGGAAAUUUCGAUAAAAUAUCAGUUUUGUUGAGUUGCGGGAAAUCAUAAUGAAGUUUAAUGUGCUAAUAAUAAUUUAUCUUGUUUGCCAAUGUGCAUUUAUUAGAGGACGAAAAAUCAAAAAUUUGAAAAAAAUAAUAUCCAAAAUUAACUACAUACCAAAGGAAGCGGACCCAAUUGAAGACUGGAUUUCAUCGGAUGAGCCAUUUUUGGAAAGUUCAGAAGAAGUUGAAAUUUCAGAAUUUGUUUUCCAAAAUCCUGAACAUGUUAAAAGUUUAUAUAAACCAGUAAAUUGGAAUGCUCAUUACGUGCCUUUCAAAUAUCCGUCUUCAAGUUACGGCAGUAUAGAUAAAAGUAUUGCUUCUGCUUAUCAAGUCAGACCUGAAAAUGUUUUCAAUCUGAUUUCUGCUUUAGAAAUUUCUAAAAUACGAAAAUAUCCCGAAAAUUUUAAGAAACUUCUAAAAGUACUUUUAAAGAUUUGUCAAUCAGAAAGUGUAGACAAUAAUAGUAAAUUAUCAACGAUGUAUACAAUAUUAAAAGCAUUUAAUCAUUCGCCACCUUCUGAAAAUUUGGUGGACAUCAUUUUAAAAAUUAUUAAAAUUUUAUCGAAGCAUUCAAAUUUUAAUGCUUCGUAUAAAUUUUCUAAAACAUCUGCUAGUGUAAAAGAUAUCAGCAAUAUUAUUUUAAAAAUUAUAGAAUUAAGCAAAAAGAACUCUGACGUUACAGAUCCACUUGGUGUUAUAAUUCCCAUUAUAGAAACUCUUCCAAAUACGUAUCAAGAGCAAAUAUUUAAAAAUCUGUUAACACCUGACCAAAGAUUUACUUCAGAAAUUCUUCCGUCUCCUUAUUUGUCUUCCAAAAACGAUUAUAAUUUGCUACCGCAGCUAGUUUUAAAGCUAUACCAUCAGAAACCAAAACGUUUCAAAACUCUAAGUCAUAUUAUAUCUCUAUUGGCUGAUUCUGAUUUAGUAAAAUAUAAUGAAAACUCAAACAACGUUAUACAAUUUGUGUUACGGCAGCUAAGCCUAUCAGGUAUAGACAGUUUAGUAUAUCGCUUAGGACACACAACUCUUUCUCCUACUAAUGUUAACUUUGUUAUAACAAGUUUUUUUAAAAAUGUGCAAAAAAUGUUAAGUGAUAAAAAACAUUUUUCAAAGAACAAAACUUUGGCCAAAUCUAAAAAUAAAAUUUUGACUAAAUCUGACAAUUUCCAAUCUGAAAAGGAUUGGUCAGAAUCAGCCGAAAACAGGAUAGGAUCAGGGGACCAUUCUAUUCAUAAAGGUACAAAGGAAAAAUCUGAAAAUCUCAAAAUUUUGAAGAAAGCUAAACAUAAGAAAACUUCGACAAAUUCUAAAAAUAAGAAAAAGUUGAAAAAACAUGGAAAGCCGAAGAAAUCCCAAAAAGAUUCAGCAGAACUUCACUUAUCAUUUUACGAAUCUCCUAAUAAAGAUACAAAUAAAACUUUGGGAAAAUCUGAAAAUCUCAAAAUUUUGAAAAAAGAUAAACAUAAAAAAAAAUAUUUUAUUGAUAAUAAAAAGAAGAAAUCACCGACAGAAAUUGAAAAUUCAAUAUCCCAAAAAGAUACAGCAGAAUCUUCUUAUCCUAUUCACAAUGAGAGCGCAGAAAACACUUUGAAAAAACCUGUGAAAAAAGAUUCAACAAAAGCACACUCAUCAUCUUCUUCUUCUGAUUAUAAAGAUACAACAAACAAAAUGUUGAAAAAAGGUGAACAUAAGAAAACUUUGGAAAAUACUAAAAAUGAGAAACCUUGGACAACAUCCGAUAAUUCUAAAUCUAAAAAAGAUUUAGGAAAAUUUAUCAAACCAGGCUUCAAUGAUCUUCAUAAUUAUUUCAAUAUAAAUGAACGCUUUUACCCUUUCCAAAUUAUAACAGGCCCUCAGCAUCAUCCAGGAAACUACAAGCCAGUUUCAAAUAACUUGUGGACUAAUAAGCAAUUGGAUAAUAAUAAUAUGUUUCUUCAAAUUUUAAAAGCAGUAUCGGAUACAGCAAAUAACUCAAAUCCUCCUAUAUUCGAUAAAAAUCCUGAAUUGGGAUCUGAUAUUACAGGAUUAGCUCCAUAUAAUGUGAUACCGUGUUGCCUACCUGCACCUGUCGUACUACCCUCAUCACUAGAUACAAUUAACCCAUUCGAAAUGCGGAAAAAUAAUGCCGGUAGCAGGAAGGCAAGAUACCGCACAAAGCUAGUAUAAACCGAUAAAAAACACAAUGACAUUAAAUGAGCCAAAACUUUUCGAUUUGUUAAUAAAUUAUUAAUACAA